UGGAGGGGUUAACAACAGUGGUAUUCGUAAGACCUCCAUCAAGUUCUGCUGGCUACAGAACCUCGCUUUAUCUCUCGUUCCAAGAACACGCGUCUUGUUGAUAUCGCUCACAGAAUAUUAGUCACUAUAGAUAGGAGCUUUUGCAAUUAUUUUGUAAUUAUUCCAACAAUCUCUUUGAGAAUCUCCCACACAUCUGCUUUUGUUUCUCAGGGUGAUGCACAGAUUCCUGUAUCUUGUGUUGCUGCAAUUUGGGUUGUAUGUUCACUGCUAUUUGAUGCAUCCAAACUACAGUUAUGACCAGACGUCGAAACCCAGCAGAAAUGUAAAUCUUCCAGUGCUGGAGAGACGCCCCAUACAAGACUGGUCACUCGACGAGGCCCAGGGAUUUGUUCGAGGUCUUUCAGAGAACAGGAUGGAGAGACACGUAGAUGCCAUAUUCACUAACACUUACAGAAAAUUCCUGGGACAAAUUUCAGCGAGGCGAUACCUGCAAAACAUGAUGGGGAAACGACUAGGACGAGAUGACUUACUUUACCCAAGUAAUGGUCAGCUCAGCGAGAGGACCCUGAGAGACACACUUGAAUCACUGCUGAUGAACCUGUAA